UAAUACAAAUCAGUUAUCUCAACAGCCAAACUCGUAGUUCAUAGGUUAUUGCUUCUCUUGAACGAAGUGUCCACCCCAAGGUUGUCUCAAAGAUAUAGAAAGUUUGUCGUCAGGUGUCCAGUUAGCCGCCAUGGCGGAAGGGAGUGAUAUCAGUGACUGGUUCCGUAGUAUUCCUGUAAUUACACGAUAUUGGUUUGCAGCAUCAGUAUGUCUCCCAGUCCUUGGCAGCUUCGGAUUGCUGCCAAUGCGCCUACUGUUCCUGCUCUACGAGCCAAUUGUGUAUAAUUUCCAGUUCUGGAGACCGAUUACUGCCGUCUUCUUCUAUCCUAUUACACCCAUGACCGGGUUCUCAUAUUUAAUCAACCUCUACUUUCUGUACAGCUACUCCACUAGAUUAGAGACAGGUAUCUUUGAUCGCCGUCCUGCUGACUAUUUGUUCAUGCUGAUCUUCUGCUGGCUGUUGCUGGUUAUUGCUGGAUUCAUGGUACCGCUGAUAUUGCUGAUGAACCCACUCAUCAUGACCGUACUCUAUGUGUGGGCACAACUCAACCGCGAUAUGAUUGUCAGUUUCUUCUUCGGCACGCAGUUCAAGGCUAUGUAUCUCCCUUGGGUGUUGAUGGCGUUCAAUUUCAUCACACGGGGCGGCUGGAAAGAAGAGCUCGUUGGUAUUCUUGUUGGGCAUGCAUACUUCUUUUUGGCCUUCAAGUACCCACAGGACUUCGGUGGACAGAAUUACCUUCAAACGCCUCAAAUCCUAUACAAUUAUUUACCCACCGUUCGAGGUGGUGUUAGUGGAUUUGGUCAGGCCCCUGCUUCUCGCCGGCCAGCUCAGGAGAACAACGAUGCACCUAGACAGCGCCACACCUGGGGAUCGGGUCAAACUCUCGGUGGUCAGUAGGGCUGCUCCCUACUUACGCCCCUUCCUUGUUUUUGCCAGCCGACGAACGACUACAAUUCAACACAGACUGAGAUACUUCCUUUCCCAGCGCCAAUGAGAACCCCACCCAAUAGCUUCAUGAUUUUUCACACACAAUAAUUAAUAAUGUGUACAGUUUCCGCUUGCUUCGGUGUAUAAAACGUUUGCUAUAUUGAGAAUGUGACAUUAUGCUUGUUUUAUUUUUUUGCAUUGCAACAAAUGUCAGCAUACAAACUUUAAAAAAAAACUUUUGAAAUUUAAAAAAUGACAUAGAAAAGGA